GGUAGCUUCACCUACUUAGGCAGCUCGCUGGAUGUUUUAAGCGUUAUGUUCAAUCCGCGCACAUUGAUAGUGUGCAGACAUGUUCGGCAGAGAUUCCCUCCUCGUGUGUGGUACAGUGUAGGUCUUCCACGCAUCGAUCGAAAAGGCGGAGAGCUGCGUUUAGACGCUCAAGCACUUUCUUGGCCCACUUCAUCUCGUGUGUGGUCGGUGCUUUCUGCAGCACAGCUGCGUUUUUCAGGCACGCGCUUUUGUGCGUGCAAGUGAGCCGAAGGACAAGGAGAUGCCUGAUGUGCUGAGCAGUCCGGAUAUCGGAGAGGUGGAGAACAUCAUCUCCAGUGUCGCCCAGAAGUGUCCGCAGGAAGCAGAUGUGCUGGGUGGGAGUCCUGUGGUGGAUCUCUCCGAGGUGGAAAACAUCAUCUCCGACGCGGUGAAGCAACACUCCCAGGAGCUUCAUGAUGUUUCUCGCGCAGAGGCGGAGCCCGUGAUGAGCCAGACGACCUUCGUCACCGACCCCACUUCCGUCCCACAGGCCGGGACCCCUGUCCGGGAGGGCGGACGUGUGUCCGAUCCAAACGCAUCGGCGGCAUCGGCAGCGCUGAAAGGCGAGAAUCAGCAGCUACGCUUGGAGGUGGGCCGUUUGCAGAGGGUGUGCGUUAUGUGUCACCUGCCAUUGGUACGGGCCCUUCAAUAGCACCAUGGGCCCUUGUGCAAAAAACACACCUUUGGAUCUUGAGGUUUUUGGGUGAGUUUGUUUUGGGCAACGGCGUGUCAAGCCCCAAGGUUUUACGGUGUCCCGUCACUCCCAAAACACUCGUCGUGCGCACGUGGGAUUGUGACUUUGAGGCGGCCGCACGGCGGACACUCAAUUCAAGAUGCCCAGACGCCACCCAUGGGACUGCCAUAGGACUGC